GAAGUGCCCGCGCACAGGGUAAACAAGCAGUCACAAGCAGCGGGAGCGCGGCGGCUGCAGCUGCUUCCAUCUUGGCGGCAGCGGCUCCAGAGCGCGGCGAAGAUGGGCGGCGUCCUGGGCCUCUGCUCCGUGGCCAGCUGGAUACCAUGCCUGUGUGGCAGUACUCCAUGUUUGCUGUGUCGAUGCUGCCCCAGUGGAAACAACUCCACCAUAACGAGAUUGACUUAUGCUUUCUUUUUGCUCCUUGGAGUGACUGUUGCCUGUGUGAUGUUAAUACCAGGCAUGGAAGAACAGCUGAAGAAGAUUCCUGGUUUUUGUGAUGGAGGGAUCGGAACGUCUCUUCCUGGUGUGCAUGGCCACGUGAAUUGCGAUGUCUUAGUUGGAUACAAAGCAGUGUAUCGUGUGUGCUUUGGUUUGGCAAUGUUCUUCCUUCUGUUCUCCUUAUUGAUGAUCAAGGUGAAGAGCAGCAGUGAUCCAAGAGCGGCAGUGCACAAUGGAUUCUGGUUUUUUAAGUUUGCUACAGCAGUAGCAAUUAGCGUUGGGGCUUUUUUUAUCCCAGAGGGACCUUUUACUACUGUGUGGUUUUACGUAGGCAUGGCUGGUGCCUUCUGCUUCAUUCUUAUUCAGCUGGUCUUGCUUAUUGAUUUUGCCCACUCCUGGAAUGAAUCUUGGGUUGAAAAAAUGGAGGAAGGAAAUUCAAGAUGCUGGUAUGCCGCUUUGCUGUCAGCUACGGCUGUAAAUUAUCUGCUGUCUCUGGUAGCUAUCAUCCUGUUUUAUGUUUAUUACACUCAUCCAGAAGGCUGCUCUGAGAAUAAAGCAUUCAUCAGUGUUAAUAUGCUGCUUUGUAUUGGUGCCUCUGUAAUGUCAAUUUUGCCUAAGAUUCAGGAAUCUCAGCCAAGAUCUGGUUUGCUGCAGUCUUCAGUGAUCACUAUUUACACAAUGUACUUAACCUGGUCAGCUAUGACCAAUGAACCAGACAGGAAGUGCAAUCCAAGCUUGCUCAGCAUAAUUGGUUACAACACCACCACUGUUCCAAGCCAAAAUCAGGUUGUCCAAUGGUGGGAUGCCCAGGGAAUUGUAGGGCUUAUUUUGUUUCUGCUGUGUGUCCUCUAUUCAAGCAUCCGGACAUCCAAUAACAGCCAGGUUAACAAACUGACACUAACCAGCGAUGAAUCCACACUGAUAGAAGAUGGAGUACCCAGAAGUGAUGGCUCCCUGGAUGAUGGAGAUGGUGUCCAUCGGGCCAUAGACAAUGAAAGGGAUGGAGUUACAUAUAGUUACUCCUUCUUUCAUUUCAUGCUUUUCUUGGCCUCGCUGUAUAUCAUGAUGACUCUCACCAACUGGUACAGUCCUGACUCCUCCUAUGAGACAAUGACUAGUAAGUGGCCAUCAGUCUGGGUGAAGAUCUCUUCCAGCUGGAUUGGGAUUGUGCUGUAUGUGUGGACUCUGGUUGCUCCACUGGUUCUUACAAACCGUGACUUUGACUGAGCAGUGCUUCUUCCCUGAAGUAUUUAAUUUUGCCACUUGUUUGAAGCUAACAGUAUUCCAAACUCGAAAUGUAGUUGUAAAUAAGUGUGCACUUGGUUACCCACAUGUAGUGUAUCCUGCCUUGUUCUGCAUGAUUAACUUUGUAAUCAUGUCUUUUUGCCAUUUCACUUAAGACUUUUUCUAGCCAAGCUCGCUGAUAAUUGCUAGGAUAUUGGAAUUUAUAGGAUUGCUCUAGAUUUAGUGCUGUGGGAACGGUAGGUUUAAAUUUGGAAACGUUUCUGUGUUAGUUCUCCGGUUGCAUUAUUUCUCUAAUAGCAAAGGGUGCAAGAAAAAAUGGCUUGCAACCUUCAUUAGGUGGAGUCACAUACAGAAUUGUAGCAAGCUGGGGCUGCCUUUGACAAUCCUUGUUGCCUUGAUUCCAAAGUCAGCCUUCAAGAAGUAUUGAGAAAUUAGAUCCCAAAUGGUGCAUGUUACACAUUUGUCUGACAGCUUAUAUUGCUUUGGGCAGAAUGUCUGACUUUUGGCAUGUAAUGUAUUGAAUGCUAAUUGCAGAAGCUUGUACAUGGGCUUUCUGAGCUGAUGUCCUCCUUGCUGCUAGUGAGAACAAAAGUUUUGUGUCUCAUUGCUAACAAGAGGAUAAGCUGGAAAACAAUAUGCACCUGGCACUGAAUUAAUCACAGUAUGAUGGUGGACAUAAGUUUACAAUACACUUUUUUUAGGGAGGGGUUUUAAUAGUGUAAAUGGGAUAGUGGUAAUUUAUUGUUGUGUGCGUCAUUUUUGGCCAAUUUAUAUUUGUUUUGGAUCUAAAAAGUUCUGAAGAGCUUUCAAACAAAUCAGUGAGGAAAGAUACAAGUGUUUGAAAAGGAUAGUUGGAUGUGGUGGCAUGUGUUGAUGGUUAGAAGUAUGGAGAAAAAGCAGUUGAAGUUACAGUAGUUAAGGAGUUUUGCAUUCUGCAACUAGCCACAAAAAAUGUUUCCUUGAAUCCAGGGAGUUAGAACCCGACCUAUUUUAUUAGCUUCUGCUUAACCUCUCUGCUAAUGGUCCCCGGCAUGCCCAUUGCUGGCGAUGGACUUGUACCUGGAAAAUCUGACUCUGGGUAUCAAGGAGUUGACUAUUGGGUCUGUUUUUAAAAAAAACAAAAAACUUGCAUAGUUCUGUGCAGUUUUUGAAAAGCUUAUUGUGCUUGCUGCUUUGUGGUUAAAGUACAUGAGCUGUGGUAUUUGUAUCUUCCACUGUUACAUCUUGAGACUCUGGCAGUCUGGUUGAGAGUGAACCUUCAGCAGUCAUCUUCAUGUACUCAUGUUCGGUGUUUCUACUGCUGAUAUGUAGCUAAUUAUUGUAUAUGUGUUUAAAGCUUUUAUUUGAAAUCUGCUGACAAACACUGAAUGGUGUAUACUAAGCAAGACUGUCAAAAACAAGGCUUAAGUUUUGGAAGCAGAUGAUCAUUAGUAUACAGUCCUUUUGAAUAUCUUAUUACCUAUCAAUAAAUGAAUUCAGAUAAA